AUGAAGGCGAAGGCAGGGAAGAUAGACCUGGAGCAAUAUGUCCACUUCUACUUGGAUCCAGGCCGUUCCUACGCCUCUCUCGCCCAUCUCAAGCAGAUCGUCACCAUGCACGGUUUGAACCAGCUCCAUAACUGUCCCAAGGUAAACUUCUCUCUGCAUCUCCUUCUCUUCUUUCUUAAUCUCCCGGUGUUUCAUCUCUUUCUUGGGAUGAGGAGUUUGGGUGCAAAUAUGUUGUUGUGUGAGCAGAGGCAUAUCAUCGAAUGCUUGGAGUCCAUCGAAACGAUGUCGCCGGCCAGGAAGACCCUCGAGAAGAGCGUCACGUCCCGUGCCUUCUUGUUGGCCGACGAGGUCGUCGCCGACCUCACCGACAUCGGCUGGGAGGAGUGCCAUGUCCGAUCACUCCUCACUCUCGAUCCUCGGUCCGGUGCCGUGGUCGUGCACGAGCUCGAGGUCCCAGCCGACGGAAUCGGUGGCUUCUCGCCAGCGGCCGUCCUUCCAUCCGUCGCGCCACGCAGAGAGCGCCAUCAGAGGCGCGGGAGGAGCGCGCCGGCCGCUGACUUCGAGAUCUUGGGCGGGCGGCCGAGGUCCAAGCGGAAGCACAUCUCCAUCAACGCCAUCAGCCCGACCUCCUCCACCACAGCCGCCUCGGGUGCAGUCGGGGCGUCACCGUCCACAUGGACGUCUAUCCCUCCGCCUCCAUCCCCGCAGUCGGAAUAG